CCCUCCCUUGAGGGGUAUAAACUUGUUCAACCGAGUAUGAGAGAUCACUGAUGUCAUGGGUUGUAAUAGAGAUCACUAGUUUUAUUGCCCAUUGACAGCUAACAUUUUUGGCAUUCUAUGUUCUAUAUUGUAGUUAUGAAGACAAUACUUGCGGCAUACACCGGUGUCCUGCGAGGCACUGGCUCCGUCAUCCUGUCAGCCCUGCAGUCCCUGCUCUCAGUGUGCUGGGCCUGGUGUCCCAGGCUGGAGAAGCAGGUCCAGGUCUUCUCUGUCAUGCAGUUCAUCGUCUCCUUCCUUAUCAUGGGCCCUAUAUGCUCUGUGGUGAUGCUGUACCUCCUCUGGACUGACUACUGGUGGGUCACAGCCUCAUACACCACCUGGCUCUUCUAUGAUUGGAACACACACAAACAAGCUGGCCGAAGGUUCUCGUGGGUAAGGAACUGGACAGUGUGGAUCUACUACCGAGACUACUUCCCUAUCCGACUUAUAAAGACUCACAACUUGUUGCCCAAUCGAAACUAUAUCCUUGGCUACCACCCACAUGGAAUAUUUUGUUUUGGAGCACUUUGUAACUUUGCAACAGAGGCCAAUGGUUUUUCAGCCAAGUUCCCUGGAAUAACACCAUUUGUGGCUACCCUGGCUGGGAACUUCCGCAUGCCAUUAGCCAGAGAGUACCUGAUGUCUGCAGGGGUUUGUCCUGUGAAUCGCGCCACUCUGGAGUUCAUUCUGUCAUGUAAUGGGACAGGGAAUGCAGUCGUUAUUACUGUUGGAGGGGCAGCUGAGUCUCUGGACUGUACUCCAGGAGUUCAUUGUAUCACCCUAAAGAACCGCAAGGGCUUUGUGAAACUGGCUUUGCAACAAGGGGCUGACCUGGUGCCUGUGUACUCGUUUGGGGAGAAUGAUGUGUAUAAGCAGCUGAUACUGGAUGAGGGAUCAUGGUGGAGGCUGAUCCAGAGGAGGCUACAGAAGAUCCUGGGCUUUGCCCCCUGUGUGUUUCAGGGCCGGGGCCUCUUCUCCCCUGACACCUGGGGCCUGGUCCCCUUCUCCAAACCCAUCAACUCAGUUGUUGGAAAACCCAUGGAGAUGCCCAAGAUCAGUUCACCCAGCCAAGAAGAAGUGGAUCAUUACCACACCAUGUACAUGAGCUCCCUUACACAGCUCUUUGACAAGCACAAGACCCACUUUGGGUUGAGGGAGGAGGAUGUACUGGUGAUUCACUGAGGAGUGGUCAUACCCUGGCCGGGUCAGACACAAGCACUACUCUUUGGCUGCUCCAGAUAAGCCUUGUACAUUAUGACUGAAGCUGUGACUAAAGGAACAAUAUCACAGAUCAAAGGCUACCUGUCAAGACAGACAGAAACACAAUAGAUGCUGCCGAUUCUUUUCUAGGAUAAUCACUAGGUGAAGUGUCCUGGGGUAAGAUAGUUGUUUGCUGUCUGGAACCGGCUGUAACACAUUUUCUGCAUUAUUGCGCUCAUCACAUUCACUUCAAUAUAACCCCCAGGGGGCAGCAUAUUUCUCUCAAUUUAUGGUUCUGCUGAAGCAAAUAAAACAGAGAAUGUGUAUUUUAAUCAGAACUGGGUUGUUUUCUGGCACUUUCCAAAGAUAUUUGCAGAGAGAACAUUGUGAUGUCAAAUCAUUGCUGUAUUUGUCUUAACAAGUCACUUGCAUGGCCACACGGGGGUGCCUUGACUCUUCACUACAGUGAACAAACAAACGUAUGCCAGCUAUUCAAACCUUUUGUAAAGUAUUGUAUAUCAAGCAGGCAUGCAUUAUCAUGUAUUAUUAGUUGCUUGUAUGUUUUAAUAUAACUAUUCAGUGGUUCAGUGUGUAUAUUUAAAGAAACGAUUGUUCAAAGAGAGACUAUUUAUCUAAAUUCAAUUUUUCCACAUAAGAACAAGUGAGGUCAAUAGACACUCAAGAUGUAGCUGCCACAUGAUCAUAAUCUGAGACUAUCUGUUCACAUAACAAUGAUAAGAAUGUAGGUCUUAAUAAAACAUAUACACACUAUAACAUUCCCUCUUUAUUUAGGAAGGGCAUAGAACACGUUAUUGAUCAUAGUUUGAAUCACUAAUCCCUCACUGAAAGCCCUGAAUCUGCCUGUCAGUCAGUGCAGUGGUCCCCAGCCCUUCAUCCAUCCACAUGUGCAUCUGUUGAAGGUUUAAUGUGUUUGUUACCAUAUCUUAACAAGAUACAGUAUGUCACCAUAUUGACUUUCAGUUGCUUCUCAAACAUUACAUAUGCCUAUAAAAUAUUUGAUAUCUUUAUUUGUUCAUUGUAAAGAACUGAUGCCUUUGAGCCAUUCACCCUGUAAUUGUUGUUGUUUUAAUUUUCUGGAUUGUACGGCUAAACGAUCAAAAUGUGGAUGAACAAAAUACUUUAUAGUAAUAUCACAAAGUUGGGUUGACACCUAAUCUUGAAAGUGAAUCAAUAAAUGAAAGACAACCAGCUGUAGAAUACAUUAUUAACAUGCCAUGUAUAUUGGCAUGAUUAUUUUAAAUGCAGCACAUACAUUUCCAAUUUUUACCAUGACAUAUGCCCUUAUGUCUCUUGCCUUUACAUCUCACCAAAAUGAAGGUGUUUUAUUUGGUUGUUGCAUGAGAUUUAUUUGCACUCACAGUUAGUUUUUUUUCUAUUAUGACAUGGGUCCAAUCGAAAAGUUUAACAUAAAUAUAGCGUUGUCUGAGUAACAGUGGUAGCUGUCAAGCAGGCAGGCAUUGUUUGGAACUGUGUUUCUUAGGCAAUAAUGAGAAACAAAGUUACUUGUUCACUGCACCAAAUCACUCUUUCAAUUUGAAUACAUAUUCACGCCAAGUAUCCCAUGAAAACCAUGUUUUUGAUAUCAUUCCAUUCACUCCAUUCUAGCCAUUAUUAUGAGCCGUUUUCCCCUCAGCAGCCUCCACUGGUAUGUACUGAAUAAGGAUAAUGAAUCUGUAAGACUGACAUGCUCACAACCUGCCAUUGGAUACAAAUUAUUUGCAUGUGAAGUUAUAGUCAAAUACUGCAUAGAAUAUUAUACUUACCAACUACUGUUCUUUCUAUUCAGCACUUCAAAAAGAACAGUUUUGAAAUGUGUAUAUUGCAUUUUUUGCUAUUGGAUUAAAUGGUGAGCCUAUCAUUCAUUGUCUGAUGUAUUGGUGACUAAAUAAAACACAAAAAAAGUUAUACUUUUGAA